UGCUACCAUGAGGUCAAACGAGAACACCUUGCUGCUGGGGAAGAAGGUGGUGCUGGUACCCUACACCGCAGAGCACGUGCCUAGGUACCACGAGUGGAUGAAAUCCGAGGAGCUGCAGCGUUUGACCGCCUCCGAGCCACUGACGCUGGAGCAGGAGUAUUCGAUGCAGCGGAGCUGGCGGGAGGACACGGCCAAGUGCACGUUCAUUGUGCUGGAUGCAGAGAAGUGGCAGGCCCGGCUGAGCACCACUGAAGAGAGCUGCAUGGCGGGAGAUGUAAACCUCUUUCUCACAGAUCUAGGGGACCCUUCCCUGGGGGAGAUUGAGGUCAUGAUCGCAGAGCCCAGCUGCAGGGGCAAAGGCUUUGGCACCGAGGCUGUUCUCAUGAUGAUGUCAUAUGGAGUGACCAGACUAGGUCUGACCAAGUUUGAGGCUAAAAUUGGGCAAGGAAAUGAACCGAGUAUCCGGAUGUUCCAGAAGCUUCACUUUGAGCAGGUGGCCGUGAGCAGCGUCUUCCAAGAGGUGACGUUUAGGCUGAUAGUGAACGAGCAUGAGCGGCAGUGGCUUCUGGAGCAGACCAGCCACGUGGAAGAGAAGUGCUAUGGAGAUGGGUCGUCGGAGUCCCGCUGACAGCUGGCCUUGUUGGCAGCCACCCUGUGUGAAUGGGGGUGUUGGGACCACGCAGUCCAAAAGCCCAGAGCCCUGUAACAGAAGGUGAACUGUCGGGGCCUUUGGGGCAUAGUGCCCCUGGCCCCUCUGUAGCCUGGGACUCUCCUUGUGGGGCCCUUCAGACUUUGGGCUGGACUUGCCUUGGCCUCCCUCAGGCUGGCCAUGUGGAUGAGUGACUUCAGGGCCAGCCCACCCUCCUGGCCAGCCCUGGACUCCCGGAACCUGGUGUGGACAGCGUGAAUCCCCGGGAGGCAGGGUGGAGG